AUGUUGUCUCAUUUUGGAAUUCGAGCCUGGCAGAAAAGGCCAAGGAGUGGAAAGUCCAAAUCCAAUGACGACCUCCGGAAAGUGACAAUCGUGGGAUCUUUGCAUGAUGUUCGCCUGCCUCCUGCGAACGAUGCUGUGAAGCAAUCUCUUCUAAAUUCCCAAUAUGCUGGAAGGGCCAAACGAAGGACUGCCUCAGAUCUAGACCAAUCUUACAUCAAGAGAUUUUCACAGUCGGAGACCGCUUUACAUCAUUUGCAACCACACAAAAGUACAAGCGACGAACUACUAGGUCUUUCUAAAAGUGCCACCACAGACCCAAUGAUACCCCAGGGGUCUGAACGGAUAGUAUCGAGUGUAUUAGCCCACAACAAUGACUUGAAGUCUUCGAAUUCGUCUCCCUCGAUAUCUCCACUUUCGCCAGAAACUCGGAAGAUGGGCACAAGUUAUGGAAUCGAGGAAUAUCUAAGCCAAACCAAGUCAUACAACAACCCAGAAGAUCUGUCUGAAACAUCCGUUUCGUCUUCAUCGUCCACGGAGCUAUGGGAUCCCAGACCUCGUUACUGCAGUUCCGCAUCCUCGAACUCAAGUUUGCGAUCGGAUGCUUCCUUUGAAGAAAGCCAAUUACCCGAGACCAAGCCGAUCAGACCCUUGAACACUUGUUCCAAUCCUGAUUUGAAGAAUGUCGAUUGUUCACAUAGAAAGGAUUCUUCGCAGAGCGAGGCUCAACGAACCACAGGCUCACGGGAUAUCAAAAUGAAGAACAAGGAACAACAUGUGAAACAAAAGCCCUUGCCGGCCGUCCCUUCUACGCUGAAUGUAUCUAAAAAGCACAUCUCUGAAUUGACAUCAAAGUACUCGACCAGCCCUGUCGAGUCAUCUGCGGAUAGACUAAUCAUGUCGAAAGCAGCUGACAAGACGCUAUCCGAAGCAACUCAUGAUCUGGAGCGGGAAUUGGAUAUGCUGGUCGAUACCCAACGAUCACGUCCUAUAUCUCCUGCAAAUGAUGAAAAUUCAGUCGCACCCUUGAAAGUCACACCGAAACCUGAUAGAAACGGCUCGAGAUUCGUGGCGUCGAUGCAACAAACCUCAAAGACAACACAACCCCAAAGCCGUCCGACACCCAAACAGCACCCAACCUACAAAGUUUUUCCUCCAGCAAGUAAGAACAGCUAUCUCAACAAGGAAAAGAUCAAUACUUUUCAGCACGCACAAUACACGCCUAGGCCCUUGGCCGACGUGGGGCUCGCUAAGAAUAGCAUCAAACAAAGCCUUCAGGCAUCACCAUCAAAGAAUUUCGUCUCACGCAAGAUUAGAUCUUCUGUGCACUUGCCGAGUCUACGACGACCAAAGAUUAACACUCAAAGCACCCAAAGCAAAAAUGAGAAUACAUCAGAGCCCCUGAGAAAAAGUCCUGUGGUCAGUCUCCGAGAUGAACAAGCCGCCUUGGCUAGGAGUACAGAUCGCUAUAUCGACGCAGAAAUUGCUAAGGCUCUGAAUGCGGAUCAUGACGAGGACAAUGAGGAUAGCGAGUCUAAUAAUAAAGCUGGCGAAGAAGGAGAAUGGUCAACGAUCUAUCCGCUCAAAGCAGUGAAGAAGCUGGGCAUCCCUUUGAUGACAAGCAGUCACAUUCCCCAAUUGUCAUAUGCAGAAAGUGAAAGAGCACUACGACAGCAGUUGCCAAAGCUUGAUACCAACUCUCUCCUCUCUGCUAUCGAGCGCCAGGAACUACCCCUGCAACCAGCGAUGACUGACAGAACAUACCCAGAAACCCCAGAUGAUCUUCUACAGCUACGGUCCUUUAAGAUGGAUUCCACGCCCGCACCAACACUCCCCGAAGAGAAAGAACCUGUCAAGAAUGAUAAAAGAUUAGACAGUGACAAGAUCUUCAUCCGUUUUGAUCGGAUUGAAACUGUUCCGAAAGACUUAUCGCCCAAGUUGCCCAACUCGCCGAACACUCAAGAGGUCCCGUUAAUGAUGAGUUUUUCAAGCCCGUCUGCAAUGUAUCAUCCGCGGACACGAUCUACUAUUUACGAGCUAGCUGAACACGGAUCUACGCCAAUAAGUCCUUCUCCAAAGCCCAUUGGCAAUUUCAGGCUACCCAUGCCGUCUCAUAUGACGGAUAAAGUAGUUCUGGCGUUGAUGAUGAGCGUGAAUAACCUGGAUGGGCUGUUCAAUUACGCGCAAGUGAGUAGACAAUUCUACCGAGUUUUCAAGAAGAAUGAACUGUCUCUCAUAAAGAAUGCUCUGUUCAACAUGAACCCACCUGCGUGGGAGUUACGAGAGAUGAGUCCGCCUUGGAGUGAAGAUCCGAGCGGUAUGAAAGACCCGGAUGCUCCUGUGCCACAAUACACUCCAUCUUCGUAUCUACGACACUAUGCCCGUGACAUCUUCGUUCUCGCUAAGUUGAAGACAUUGAUAUUCGCAAGAUGCGGCUCUUUCAUGCGUCCAGAGACGAUCCGCGGUUUGACCGGGGAAGAUGAUGCUCGUGCAUCGGAGAUUGACGAAGCAUUUUGGCGAAUCUGGACCUUCUGCCGUAUAUUUGGAUGCGGUAAAAACCGCGAAGGGGAUAUGAAUGGCCAAAUAGACUGGUUGAAUGCUGGAUUUCUGGCGAAGAGGAGCAAAGCAGGCGUCACCGUGAUUACAGCCGAGCCGUUAUUCAGUGCCAACAACGUUUUAUUCGACCCCCCCGCUGGCUUUGGCAUGGGGAACGCAGACGGGCUGACAUGCAGACAGUUAUACGAUAUGACUGAGAUCUGGAAUUGCCUUGGGACCCUUGUUCAAGUAUUCCAUCAUGAAUGCAAGGAAGCUAGAGUGGCUGGCAUCUUUGAUGGCUUGGACAUUGCGGUGGGUGAUAUCGCCAAGGAGGGCCUCAUGCUGGAGGAAUGGACUCAUUACCUCUUAACAUUGGGACCGUCUGCACUGGUAGGGCUUAGUUCUGUGUAUCCCAAUAGUUCGAUCAAAGAACAAUUCGCCAAAGCCAAACAAAUGGGAGUUACCAAGUGGGAAGCACCGGAGGACGGUGGCACUCGUUCGUCCUUCCUUCGAGAAGCAAUUUCGCGCAUUUAUGAGAGAAGAGUUGCAGCUAAACCAAAGGAGACAGCUCCUCAGACCACUAAUGUGGAAUGUCCCAACGGUCUAACUGCAACAAACCAGAACGACAACAACAACAACAAUGCCCAUUCAAUCUACGGGGAGCAACCGCAGGGACACUCCUUGGAUGGGGGCUCUAGUCACCUGGUACCCCCAUAUAACUCUACCAUGAUUGAGAAUAUAUCAUCAGCUAUGUCGAGCCCUCCACCAAGGUAUUCGUCUACGUUUUUGGAUCCCGUUGACAAGGCUAUCCACAAAAUAGUUCAUGAUCUUGGCUUCAGCGAACACGAUGCGAAAUGGGCGUUGAAGAUCACAGAUACAGGAGACAUGUUAGACACCAAUGCUGCUAUCCGGCUUCUGCUCCGUGAGAGGGAUAAACGUGCCAUAUCUAGCAUGGAGGACCGCAGUGAUAGUCUUGUUGAUGCUUCCAAACAUCGGGGAACAGUAGCGUGGCAGUGGGCCUGA